UUCGCAGCGUUAGUCAUCGCGACAACUAUCCGCAGUGUAUGUAACAGUCGCCUAUAGCCUCUCUUGCACAUCUCGCACUGAUCCACAGUGGGAGCCGCGCAGUGCUUGGCGACAGACGCACCGUGCACCGCUUGCGUGAUUUCUCCCGCACCCACCACCCGCAGAGGUUUAACUCAGGCGGCCGGCAUGCUCACACGCCGGUUGGGUCGGUGGCGGUGUGCCGGUGGGUGCCCGGGUCAUUAGGGUGUUUGCGCAGGACGUGGCGAGCCGACGCCAGUGACCGGGCAGGUGAUGUUUGCUCACGUAAACUGCUCGCGUAUGAUGAGGGGCGCAGGGGACGCAUCUGGAGGUUGCGCGCUACUGUUGCAUCGCCUCACCGGAUAACCGCUGCUAUCUCAUCCUGUCCGUCUCUUCCUCCCCCGGUUUUUCUGUUCUUUUAUUUAUUUAUUGUUUUGCUUACAGGAGAGGAACUAUUUUCACGAGCGUAAUAAGUGGAUAAGGGACCCGACCUUGCGUUUGCGUGGAGUGCGUAUCGUUUCUUGUGAUUCCUCUGUACGCGCAAGCUGCUUUUUUUCAUACCAGAGGCAAUGCGCCCACCCAUGCGAUGCUAGCCUAUUAGCUGGAGAGAGAGUGAGAGAGAGCGAAAGAGAGAGGGAGAGAGAGAGAGAUAGAAGGAGAGAGAGAGAGAGAGAGAGAUAGAGAGUGAGAGAGGUUUCAGCCCUGGAUUCGAGAGGAGGCUAAUUUACGAGUCUUGUUUUGCCUUUCAGGAAAAGGGGAGAUAAGAGGGGGAGGGUGGUUGGUGAAGGAGAAUGCAGCAAUCACAUUUUUAAGCAUGCAGAAGCGGGCCGUUUCCCGUUCCUAGGCUGGUGUGUGUGUCCCCCAUCCGAGGCCAGCAGCCGUAUGGGGAGAGCAGCGGCAGACACAGAUGGCAUGGACACUUCCACAAGGUCUGCCGCUCUGCCCUGCCUGCUCUGCCGGAGCCCGUUCGCCGCCGUCUCUCUCUUCCAGCUCGCUCCGCCGCCCAGCAGCACUGCAGCACAGCACAGGCUGACGGCAUGAGGCUUGAUCCAGUGCAUUUCUCCAUGCUGGUCAUCGGGGUCUCCUUCGCCUGUUACGCCCCGAGUCUCAACUCCCUCCAGGACCAGGCGUACCGAUCCGCCGUGGUCAUCGAGGGCGAGGUGCGCUCCUCCCCGGAGAACGUCUCCUCCCGGGAGCCCUACAGUGUGAAUGUCAAAGUGCUGGACGUGUGGCCCGUCAACAGCGGCGGCCUCGAGAGGGAGCAGCUCGUGACCGUCGGGGACUUCGGCUCCGAGGCCCCGUGUACCACGGUGGAGAAGGACCACAGAUAUAUAUUUUUCAUGGACCCCACAGCCGAGCCCUUGGUAUUCAAGGCAUCGUACGCCCCUGUGGACGCCAGCGAGCCGGAGCUGAAGAAGGAUGUGGAGCGAGUGUUGUGCGAGGACUGCGCCUCUGCUCCUAAGCUCCGGCUGAUGCGAGGCCAGGCUCUGGUGGAAGGGGAAAAGCUGUACUUGAAGUGCGAGGCGUCGGGGAAUCCCAGCCCUUCCUUCCGCUGGUACAAAGAUGGACACGAGCUUCAGAAAGGCAGAGACCUCAAAAUAAAGACCAACAAAAAAAACUCCAAACUGCAGAUCAGUCGAGUCCGUGUGGAAGACUCCGGCAACUACACCUGUGUGGCUGAAAACUCACUAGGACAAGAAAACGCCACGAGUAUAAUCAGCGUGCAGAUCUUGACCACCACCACCCCGUCUUCAGGUGUGAGUCAUGCGAGGCGCUGCAACGACUCGGAGAAAGCGUACUGCGUCAACGGAGGCGACUGUUACAUCAUACAUGGUAUUAACCAGCUGUCCUGCAAGUAA